AUGUCUAAGGAGUCCAAGGACCCACUUUCCCUGUCCGACUGCCAGUGCCAGAUCUGCAUGGAGAUCCUGGUGGAGCCGGUCACACUGCCCUGCAGCCACACCCUCUGCAACUCCUGCUUCCAGCUGACGGUGGAGAAGACCAGCCUGUGCUGCCCCUUCUGCCGGCGCCGAGUCUCCUCCUGGGCGCGGUACCAUGCCCGCAGGAACAGUCUGGUCAACUGGGAGCUCUGGAACAGGAUCCAGAGGAGUUACCCUGAGGAGUGCGAGCGAAGGGUCAGUGGGCAGGAUUGGCAUGAGGAAGUCUGUGUCCCCCGGCCAUGUCACCAGCUGAGCAAGCCUGGGGAGCUGAGGCAGGAAUAUGAAGCAGAGAUUAGCAAGGUGGAGGCAGAAAGGCGAGCGGAGGAGCAGGAGGAGAACAAGGCCAGUGAGGAAUACAUCCAGCGGCUCCUAGCGGAAGAGGAGGAGGAGGAGCAGAGAUUGGCAGAGGAGAGAAGGAGGGAGAUGGAGGAACAGCUGAAGCAGGAUGAGCAGUUGGCCUGGCAGCUCAGUAACAGCCUGAAUGAGGAUUCUGAGGGAGAUGUACUCACCUGCCCAUCCCCAGCACACAACCUCUCAUCCCAGGCAUCCCCAGCACACCUGGGCAAGGCAAAGUGCAAAACAAGCAACUCUGGAAGCAUCCAGAAGUAUCUGUCUCCAAGGAAUCAAGGUACGUUGGGAUCAGCAUCGUUCCCGGGAGCAGCAGGAAGGGACAGGAGCGACUCUAGCUCUGUGGAGCCCAGCAGCACCCAAGGCAGCAGUGCUGCACUGCAGGACGAGCAGGAGGAAAUGCCCACCUUGUCUCCACAGCUGACCAGUGUCAACAGAGAUUCCAGUGCUAAGGACUUGUUUUUGGAGUCAUGCAUGAGCUACUUCAGUGCCUCAGCUUCGGGGGAAACUGCUGCUGGCAAGCAGGGGAGAACACCAGGACCAGAUUGCUUGGGGGAUGGAGUUCCAGGUACACCUCAUGCAGCCACAGAAGGGGAAGGCUCUGGAACAGCUCUUUACAGAUCCCAAGGUGGAGGUGGUGGAAUUCAGUCAGACAGUGGCAGAUUAACAUGUGUAAAAGGCGUAAACCUCAAAGAGGCUGCUGAAACUCCUACCUCUGUCCAGUCAGGAAUGAACUCCCCAGUGUUGGACAGGCAGAGUGCAAUGUGUGACCCAGGGGAGGUGGCUGGGCUCCUGGGUGAAGAGACACCAGAGAAGCCACAGAACACUAAGGAGACUCCAAAAAGGAAGCUGCUAGAGGCUCCAGCUGGCACCGUGAAUGACUCGUGCGCACUUGACAAGAGGAGAAGAACCUCCUCGGAGGACGUGGAGGACCCAGGGGAGCAGAGCAGCAACUUCAACUUGCAGACACAAAAAGCCUUUGAGCAGGAGUUCUACCAGAGGCGCAGGCAGGAGGAGCAGGACAGGCAGCUGGCUCUGCAGCUGCAGCAGGAGCUGGACAAGGAGGACAGGCGACUGAACCGGCAGAAGGGCUCUCCAGACGAGUACCUCCUGCGUGCCAAGCUGCCUCGCUCAGCAAAAGCCUCUCUGGCCAGGAAGGCAGGGGCCAAGGUGGCCAAAGACACAAAGGGAUCAAAAAACCAGGCUGAAAGCAGCCACCACAAGCCUCGGAAGGGCUCCUGCAAUGAAAACUGGCAGUCCCCUGCCAGGGCCAGGGUGAAAUCCCCCAGCACCAAGGCGGGAAAGGUUUUGAAUUGUGUGGUCAAUACCAGUGACACGAGUGAGAUCUGUUCACUGCCUAAGGACAGGCAGAAGACGAUCCUGCAGAUGUUUAAAAGCCCUGUGGGGGAAUAG